AAUGUUGGUACACACAGGAAAGCCUCUGCACGCUGCCGACGCGAAUCCUCGCCCUUCCCAUUGCUCGCUCGCUCUGACGUCGCCACAUGCUUCUCUCAAAAACGGAGGCAUCAGCGCGCGUCCCCCAGAACCGAGCGUGCUGUUCCGCGAACUGCUUUUCCUUGCUGUCGUUCACCUGAACGCUUUUCUCCUGGGCGCGGGGGCCUUUGUCUGAUUUCACCAGAAGUGAACCUAACUUAUUAUUUUCGGUCGGCUUGACAUAUUACCACUGUUUUUUAAAAUAUUAUAUUUAAUUUAAUUUAUUACAAAAAGAUUUUUCGGACUGUCAGUAUUUAAGGAUUUUUUUGCUUCCGUUUAAAAAGAGAAAUCGACCGAAGAAAGAAGCUCCGGAACUUGGCGAGUUUUAAGCUUUGUAAAUUGAGACGAGGUAGGACCCGCGGCCGCCAAGGACAAAAGAUCACGAGGACCCCACGCGGCCCCUCCCAACCCAAAUAAGUCUUUGGCCUGAUUGACUCGUUCCCUAAGAAAACAUCCUGGAUCCCAGUAUGACCAAAGCUGAAAUGGGCAAGCCGAAUAGCACCCGAGAGGAGGACAGCAGCAGCUAUAGCUCUAACAGCAACGACUUCAGCUAUCACUACCCCACCAAAUCAGCUGCGAUGAAGAGCCAUUACGUGGAUAUGGAUCCAGAAAACCAAAAUUUUUUACUUGAAUCCAACCAAGGGAAGAAAAAAUAUGAAACUGAAUAUCAUCCAGGUACAACUUCCUUUGGAAUGUCAGUAUUUAACCUGAGCAAUGCUAUUGUGGGCAGUGGCAUUCUUGGACUUUCUUAUGCCAUGGCAAACACAGGAAUUGCUCUCUUUGUAGUUCUCUUAGUCUUCGUGUCAAUAUUUUCUCUGUAUUCCGUUCACCUUCUUUUGAAGACUUCCAACGAAGGAGGAUCUUUAUUAUAUGAACAAUUGGGAAUGAAAGCAUUUGGCAUGCCUGGAAAACUUGCAGCAUCUGGAUCAAUUACAAUGCAAAACAUUGGAGCUAUGUCAAGCUACCUCUACAUCGUGAAAUAUGAGUUACCAUUGGUCAUCAAAGCGUUUUUGAACAUUGGAGAGCAUUCGGGAGAAUGGUAUUGGUAUACUAAUGGCGAUUAUUUGGUUAUAUUAGUAUCCUUGGUGCUCAUUCUUCCUUUGUCACUGUUGAAAAAUUUAGGUUAUCUAGGCUACACCAGUGGAUUUUCCUUAUUGUGCAUGGCCUUCUUCCUUAUUGUGGUCAUUUGCAAGAAAUUUCAAAUUCCUUGUGGAGUGGAACAUGAUCUAAUUAAUGCAACUCUGAACAUUACCAUGGAGCAACCGGUGUUUGCAAAUGAAACAAAUGUUAAUGCAACCUAUGAUUCCUGUGUACCAAAAUAUUUUAUCUUCAACUCAAAGACUGUCUAUGCUGUACCAAUCCUGACAUUUUCUUUUGUCUGUCAUCCUGCUAUUCUCCCUAUUUAUGAAGAACUGAAAGGCCGAACCCGCAGAAGAAUGAUGAAAGUAUCCAAUGUUUCAUUUUUUGCUAUGUUCCUCAUGUACCUCUUGGCUGCUCUCUUUGGAUACUUGACAUUUUAUGGAAAGGUGGAAGCCGAAUUGCUUCAUACUUAUUCAACAGUGUUUCAGACUGAUAAUCUCCUUCUGAUUGUGCGCUUAGCAGUCCUGAUGGCAGUCAUUCUUACCGUUCCAGUUGUGAUUUUUCCAAUUCGUAGUUCCAUCACACAAUUGCUGUGUGCAGGCAAAGAAUUUAGUUGGGUUCGUCAUUGUAUUAUUACAGGAGCUAUUUUGGUAUGCACCAACGUUCUCGUCAUUUUUGUUCCCACAAUUCGAGACAUAUUUGGAUUCAUUGGUGCCUCCGCUGCUGCCAUGCUAAUCUUUAUACUUCCAUCAGCUUUCUACAUUAAGCUUGUGAAAAAAGAAUCCAUGCAAUCCGUGCAAAAAAUUGGGGCUCUCCUGUUCCUGCUAAGUGGCACAAUUGUGAUGAUUGGAAGUAUGACCUUAAUUGUUAUGGAUUGGAUCAACAAUUAACCUACCUGCUUUAUUCAUUCGUCUUCAUUCUGCCAUCUUCUGGGAGGAAAAACCUUCUGCCUAUGUUUGCAGCUCUGCUUCCUUUGAUGCUAGUACUUCUAAUGAUAGAACAGAUGGAUUUUAAAGAAAGAAAAACAAAAGAAACUAUUCUGCACAAGAAUAGAUACUAAUAUCAAGUCAGCUGAAUCUUUGGCUGAGUGAAGUGACUUUUUUUUUUUAUUCCAUUCCAGGGAAUGGACGGCUCUCUCUGUAAAAAUUUAUCAAGCCAUGUUGGGCUUUGGACAUUGUUACUUGGAUUCUUUAUUUACUUGAAUGUGCCUAAUGGAAACAAUUGGUGUGAGAAGUAAAUUAGUUUACAGCAAGUUGUAAGCUAGCCAUUAAAAGGAAGGGAAAAAACAGUUAUUUUUAUACCAAAUAACUAUGGACUCAAAAGCACUAUUUUGACUUUUAAGAAAACAUUUUAUAAGUUAAAGAUUCAAAUAAGGGUAAGAAAAAAAUCAGUAGGCUGUUUAAUCAGUAUCCUCAGUUCAAAAUGUUUGCCUGUCUACAGAGACAUGUUCUUAAAAUUAUAUUUUUCACCUCAAUAAGCUUAUUUUUUAAAUCUGUUAUAACUAAUGUUUAAUUGACUAUCUUGAAAGAAUAGAACUAAAAUUAAAUUCCAUUUGUAAUUUUAGUUAUUCUAACACUAAAACCAAACAAAGAUUUGUAUAGUAUAUUGAGGUACUCAGUAGUGCAAUUAAGAAGAUAAAAACUUUUUAUUCUUUUUUUUUAAUUUGGUCUCACCAAAGCACAAUAAAUUGUUAGAUAAUGUGAUGUUCCUAGCAAAAUAAUCUGGCUUUUUAGUAUUUAAAACAAAAAUAUUGAGGUCAUGCUAUAGUUUACUGGAGGAAAAGUAUACUUUUCAGAUGCAUGUUUUCAUUAUUAAUAUUUUAUAUUAUGUUACAUAAUUGCACCAGAAUUUGGUGCAUGUGACAAAAUUCUUUUCAUAAAAUAACUGGAUUUCUUAAUGCAGUUUUCUAAACUGUCGUGUGUGUGUGUGUGUGUGUGUACACACGCACAUACACACUUGUUACUAAAUGAAUGGAUUUCAGUAUUAUUGGAACAGUGGGGUAACAACCAUAGGUCAUGUACAGUGGAUAUCCAGAACAUGAUCCUGCCCUGACUGGACAACAACAUUCAAAGAACAUAUGAACUUGGUAUACAUACCUCACUCCUAUCUGUCUCCCAUUCAUCAUUUUGCCCAGAAACUCAAGAAGAGCUGAAUGUUGAUACAGGGAAUUCAUACAUACUUCCCAUUUCUAUUAUUAAUUUAAAGAGAUAUUUAAUGAAUUUCCAUGUGGGAUAGAGGAUAAAAUCUUCUCGAUUAUGCUUUGCAGUAAUAAAUCUGUGUUGCAAAUGCUGCAUUUGCCAGAGAAAGCAUAUUCCAGUUUGGCUACUACACAUAUUAAUUAUACUAUUUCAACCCCAAGAUGUAAAGAAAUUUAGGACACUUUUUUCAUUUCACAAAAAUUGCUGAACAGAUUUUCUGCCAGAAUCUAAAAAGACAGAAUUUAACUAGGUAACGUUCAGAGGAUUAUUUUCAUCUGGCAUAACAAAAAAGGCAUGUAAUUAACCGGAACAUUUUUUUAAGUGUAGGUUCAUUUUAAAAAAUAUAUACAGCAAAUAUUUCCCAUUGCAUUCUGAUUCUUAGCCUAAUAAUGUUUCAUUAGGGUGCUUUUAAUUUUUCCCCUUAUUGUCCUAGAAAGGCUAGAAUUCAAGCCAUGGUUCUAGGUAGAACAAUAUAAUCUGUACUUGAAUAAUAGUUGUGAUGAUCUCUUUUAUUCCUAAAAUAUUAGUAACCAAUACUAGUACUGUUAAAAACAUAAAACUUACUUUUUUAUCUAGAUCACAGGUAUCAAACUCACUGUGUCACGUGAUGUGUUGCAACAGAUCACGAUUUUUUUCGCAUUGCUGGAGCUGCAGUGGAUGCGCCUCCAGAUGAUGCAACCGGCCCGUGGGCUGGCAGUUUGACACCCCUGAUCUAGAUUGUCUAAAAAAACAUUUUAGAAUUUCAAAGAUAAUUUUGUAAGCAUUUGGCUACUGUAAUAUAAGAUCUCAUUGUUGAAUGUUUAUAUCUCAGAACUACCAUUGGCAUUACUGGGUGGAUACAACAUACUUAUGUAGCAGAUAUAAAUAACAUAAUAUUUUCUUAUAUUUUGUACUAGUCUAUGGUAUUUUGUGCAAGAGCUUAAAUACUCCAGAAAGUAUAUCGAAUAAUUUAAAACAAUUUUCUUUUCUUUCAGCAACUAGUGUUGCCCAGUGUCUUUAACCAAUCUAGGGAGUUAAAGAUCAAAAAUCAUUCUUUUCCAACAAUAAAAAAAAUUGUUAUACCCUAAUUGUUCAUCUAAAAGCCAGAAAAGUGACAAAAGUGGGGAAAAUACACUUAUGCAUCUGCAAAAAUGAUACUGAAUUAUUGCUGAAUCAGCAAUAUCUGGGCAGUUCAAAUUAUGGAUUGCACAGUUUUCUUUCAUUUGCAAGAUCAAAUUUCUCUAACUACUCCUGAGUACCACUAAGAUAUCUUCUUUGCUAAUAUACAAAUAUGUGGUGCAUAAACUUCACAGGAGCUAGUAGUUUCAGCAUUUAACCACUAUUUGUCACCUCAUUUUAAAAUUAUUGUCUUCCAUGUUAUUUUACUCACAUUAUGUAACAUGUUAUUUAUGGAAUAGUAACUUGUUGAAGUUAAAACCUAUUUUUCAAUAUUUAUGGGUAACCUCUGUAUAUAAAUUACUAUACUCUAUGUUUGUGUAUGUGUACGUAUGUAUGUGUAUAUAUAUGUGUGUGUGUGUGUAUGUAUAUGUAUGUGUGUGUGUAUAUAUAUAUAUAUAUAUGUGUGUAUAUAUAUAUAUAUAUAUGUAUAUAUAUACUGUAAGUAUAUUGUAUAUAAGGUAAGGUUUGAUUAUGUAUAUAAGUUUAUGUUAAUAAUUAGCACAUUAAAUCCAUAAUUCCUUCAUGUUGUAUAUCCAAGAAAUGGUCACAGGCAAAUCUCUGGAGAAAUUGUAUGCCAGUGAUCAAUUAUUUUUGCAUUUGCUAUACAAGGGCAAAUAUUUUUUAAAAAAUCUAAAAGUAUACCCAAAAUGUAUUAGUUCAAUUCUAUAUUUUCCUUUGAACUGUACAACCCAUUCUAUACUGCAAACUAAUAUGAAAUUCCUUUAGCUUCCAGAGCAGUUUGUGAUGUGAGAAAAAUAGGAGCUACUAUUUGACAGCAAAAAAUACCCCUUUUUUUAUUCAGAAAAUUAGUUUCCUAAUUAUCUGGAAUCUGGGCCAUUAUUGGAAAGUGAGAAAACUAAUUUUACAAUGUACAAUUUGCAUUGAUGUUUUCAAUGACUUUUCAUACAUAUCAUGUAUAUAUAGAUAAAGAGAUACAUGCUGUAUUGUUAGAUCAACAAUUUAAAUACAGUUAUUGAAAAGAGUGCUACACUGUUUCAAUGAAACACUGUAAGUUUUAGCUAAAUAAAGAUCAAAACUUAAGAAUGUGCAAGAAUGAAAUUUAUUCUCUAUUAUAUGAUAUAAAUAUUUGUUCAUGUUGUGCUUUACAGGUAAAUCAAUUUUAGGCAAUUGAUAAAAGUUGCAGUUACCUUUGAAUCCAAACUAUAAGAUAUGUUUACAGUUCAUAUUAAGCCAUGAUUUGUAUUAAUAAAAUUUACUGAACAUGCAA